AUGAUUGGAAUGGUGAAUGUUCCGUGCGACAGCAUGCGCGAGUUCUACGCAGCUCCAACAGAUACGCCGGCGGCACGCUGCCAGCCGGUGGACGGGGUGAAGGUCGAGCCGGAGAUGGCCGUGAAGCUGCUCACUAACAGACCGCUAUUCAACCGGCGCCACGCCGAGCACAUCGACUACACGAAGGACGGGCGGAAGAUGAGCAACGGGGAGGUGCUGCAGAAGCACAACCCGAACAAGCUGUGGGAGGAGCUGCUGAUCCGGACGUUCGCGAAGAAGGUGGAGGACGAGGUGAAGAACCCGGUGGAGGGGAUGCGGCAGCUGGAAGCGGGGAUGGAGACGUUGCGGGGGAGUCUUGACAAAACCCAAUCGAAUUCGAUGUUCUCCCUCGUCUCCGACCACCGGCUGAUGGCUGAAAUCGCGGUCGCUGAAGAUGUGGAGGAGGAGGAGCGGCUUUUGAAAAGAAUUAAGUUGAGCGCCGAGCCGGCGGACGAGCUGGAGGACGAGGAGCACGAGCGCCACCGCAGCGCCUCCACCGUCUCGCACCCGAUCAGCAGCAAGCGGCUGUCCAUCAGCAAGCUGUCCGCCCGCCGCACGAAGAGCAGUACCCGGACCGCGUCGCAU